AUGUCGGGCAGUGCUGUCAUCUCCUGCUACAGGCAGGGCACCCGAGGUGCAGAGAAACCGCUUGCUCAUGGGAGCCUGUGGAAGAAGACGGACUCAAUAAAGCCAGUCACUCCACCAACCGUAUCCAUCACCACAACCGCCAUGGAGCUGCUAAUCAUCGCGAUGCUGGUAAUCGGGGCAGCCGCAGGUAAGAAAAAGAACUCAGAGGAAGAACGGAUCAUUGGGGGGAGAGACUGCCGCAUUGGCUCCCGGCCCUACCAGGUGGCUCUCCUGAGGAACGGCCGCAUCUACUGUGGCGGGAGCCUGAUAGACCCCAAGUGGGUGCUAACUGCUGCGCACUGCCGCUCAGGGAUCGGCUCCCUGCAGGUGCAUCUGGGGGAUUAUAAUCUACGGGCGAAGGAAGGCACAGAACAGAUACGAAGAAUCCGCAAAUUCUUUGUGCAUCCAGGGUAUAACCGCCGCCGUUAUGACAAUGACUUCAUGCUUCUGGAGUUGGAUGCACCAGCUCAACUCAACAGCUACGUGAACACAAUCAACCUGGCUACCAGUUGUCCCUCUCCUGGAACACCAUGCAUCGUGUCAGGAUGGGGCACUAUCAGUUCCCCCCGAAGGCUGUUCCCAAACAUCAUGCGGUGUGCAGAUGUCUAUAGCGUCAGCCAGGACAGGUGCCAGGGCAGUUACGGGAGCAUAAUCACGGAGAACAUGUUCUGCGCUGGCAUGGAAAAGGGUGGCAUAGACUCAUGCCAGGGUGAUUCAGGAGGCCCACUGGUCUGCAAUGGGCAGCUGCAGGGCGUGGUCUCCUGGGGGAUGUCCGUUUGUGCCCUGCCGGGACGGCCCGGCGUCUACGCCAAUGUCUGCAAAGCUGCCCAGUGGGUGAGAAGCACCAUAGGGAGGAAGUGCAUCGGAUCAGACUGAGAGCUCACAGCGCGUCACGCCUGCCACAAUAACCCACCAAACACACGCCCCAGCCACGCCUCUCCUCAUCUCGCCGCGGCAUCCUGGGGGUGCUGAUCUGCGUGGGACUAGGAUGGGGGCACUGCGGUGGGGCCAGCCCAAAGCAGCCAGUGGUUAUGAGCCAGGCCUGACAAAAUCCUGAGACUAGGUUAAAAAUGUGGGACUGGUUUAAAAAUCAUGAAUCA